AUGGCGGGCACAAGAGCAGCAGCGAUGAAGCUGGCGGUCGUCCUCCUGGCCAUGAGCCAGCUCGUCCACAUGGCGACCCCGACGGCGGAUCCAAUGACUACUGCGUCAUCGUCUCUACUGGUUACGAGCGUCUCCGGCCCUUCCGACGGGGAACAUAAACCCAGCCAUGGCAUCAGGGAAGAGAAGGUGUUGCUCAACGCGCCCAACAUCCCUGCAGUUCCGCCCCCUCCCCACCUCGUCCUACCGUGCAAGGGAAGAGCGUGUUGA